CUGUCGCCGCCCAGAGGCACCUCUCGUUUAAACCAAAUUGCAGCCUUCCUCCAGAAACUCCUAUGGAGGACUCAAAAUCUCAAUACAUGGCAGAGUUCUUGGAGAGUUUCAGCUGCCUUAAGCCUUCUCUCUCCUUAAUGGAAAUUGACUCAAGCUUGGAGCUGAUGGGCCAGUUUCCAGAGCUUAACGGCACUGCCCUGGAGUAUUAUUCCAGCAUGGGACUCACGGGCUUCUCCAGUGAGAAUUAUUCUUCUCUCCAGCCUGAGUUCUCCGUGCCACUGGCUGAUAACUUGUCGAGCUUUUUGCCUCUGGAGUGCGCGAAACCAAUUAGUGUGAGUCGGCCGGGGACUUUCGACGGGGAGCGGAGUCCUGCAGGGGGCAAGAAAAGGAAGGAGAGGGCAGCACCCGAGACCAGCUCGACCAACUCCUCCGAACCACCUACAGAGAGUCUUUUAAGAGAUGACAAGUCUAAGAAGAAAAAUAUUUCGGGGAAUGCGAAGAGAGGGAGGAACAAUUCAAAGGAGGUGGAGAAACCAGGGGAGGUGGUUCAUGUGAGGGCAAGAAGAGGCCAAGCUACUGACAGCCACAGUCUAGCUGAGAGGGUAAGAAGGGAGAAGAUUAAUGAAAGAAUGAGAUGUUUACAGGACCUUGUUCCUGGAUGUUAUAAGGCCAUGGGCAUGGCGGGAAUGCUCGAUGAAAUAAUUAACUAUGUGCAGUCGCUACAGAACCAAGUUGAGUUUCUUUCAAUGAAACUUUCGGCGGCGAGCUCUUUCUAUGACUACAACUUGGACUUGGAAGCUACGGCAACACCACAGGUGCUUAAUGCGUGCGAGGCCCACGAUGUGGAUAGGGUGCUGAGAGAAGGAUAUGGGUGUUGCACCACCUUCCACUCAACAAUGCCCUUUUGACUCUAGUUUUGGCUCUUGGCUCUGCCAUGUCUUCAGCCACAUACUUUUGCACUGCCUCAUCCCAGCCCAUUUCAAGAAGCCUACGCGGCUGAUACCAUGCCAUUCAAACGUGCACAUGCAUGAACCAUUUACUUCCCACACGAGUAGGGCAACACAUGACAUAUCCCAUGUCAUGUAUCU